AUGUCCCAAACUUCUAUAGACCAACAUGUGGACAACGCAUUGCUUCAUCUGCAAUAUUGGGUACGAAAUUUGAGUAAUGAACAGUUGAUGGAAUUGGCAAAUAAUCCGGCAAAGAUCAACGAACAAUGUAAAGGAUCACCGGUGGUAAGUUUGUUAUUAUUUUGGUUUUUUGAGGUUUAGGUGGAUUGAAUUGAAGGGAAAUUGGUGUUAAAAGGUGGGGAAGAUGAUCAGGAUGCGAAAAGCAAUAGAAACCUAAAGUUUUUUAGAUUGUUAACGAUUUUUAUAGCUUCUUUAUCAUUUUCUUAGCAUCGUCAACAAUUUUCAAGUUGCUAUUAGAGUUUUCAUUUGUAACAUAAUCAUUUUAGUUAAACAUGUUGGUAACACAGAGAGAUGGUUUAAAGCGAGUGGCUAAAAGCUAUGCUGAACAUAGUCUAGAGUACGAACAACGUUUCUAUAGCACAAAGAGCAAUCUCAGGGACGCUCAUAUAGAAGCACGACGUUUAAAAUCCGAAUGUGAGAAAUUAAAAGCCGAAUUAGAAGCCAUUGGGGAAAGCCGGCGGAUUGAUAAAGUGGCCAAUAUACUUCGAGCUAGUGUGCGAGUUACAGAAGACGAAAGUGAAGUAAGUUGUUUUUAUUAGUUGUAUUGGAGUUUUAGGUAAUUGUUGUGUUAAUUUUGAAGAGUACCUUAAUUUUUUAGGUAAUGAUGGACCAAUUUCUUGACGGUAACAUGGAAAUGACGGAAUUUUUGGAUAAAUACACGGAAAAACGAAAGAAAGUUCAUGAAAAGGAGUUUAAAUCAAAGAAACUGGACGAAAUAUUAAAGAUGCAACAUAUAUAA